UGAUUGAAAAUCUCACGAUCUUGAAAUUUAUUCCGAAUUCCCUUCCUACGACAACUUCAACGCCCAUUCUACAACGAGAUACCUCAUCUUUGAUCAAGCAGAUUAUUUGAGAAUCUCUAUCCGUCAAAAUGGUUAAGACUUCAGUCCUCAACGAUGCGCUCAACGCCAUCAACAACGCUGAGAAGGCCGGAAAGCGUCAAGUUCUCAUCCGCCCAUCCUCCAAGGUCAUCGUCAAGUUCCUCGGUGUCAUGCAAAAGCACGGCUACAUUGGAGAAUUCGAGGAGGUUGAUGACCACCGUUCCGGAAAGGUCGUUGUUCAAUUGAACGGCCGUCUUAACAAGACCGGUGUUAUCUCCCCAAGAUACAACGUCAAGAUUGAGGACUUCGAGAAGUGGGUUGUCAAGCUUUUGCCUUCCCGUCAAUUCGGACACAUCGUCCUCACCACCUCCGCUGGUAUCAUGGACCACGAAGAGGCUAGACGCAAGCACGUUGCCGGAAAGGUCCUCGGUUUCUUCUACUAGACGAAAGAUACCAAUAAAGGAAUACAAAUUAUCAUGAGAGAUGUAGCCAUCUAGGGAACCCAGCUUCCGGGGUUGGAGUAAUAUCUAGAACAGGUCGCUGAAUAUACCCAUUUCGUUCUUGCUUUACGCAUGGUCCGAAUUCUUCAUCUGAAGAAUAGAUAGGUCUAUUACCAAAAGUCAAUUUAAUCUCAUGAUUUAUA